UCCGCACUUGCUUCACAAAUUCACAUGCCAGUCCGAGAGACGAUCGACUCCUCCUCGCGCACGAAGAUGGGGUUUAGGUUCGACCUGCUGGUCCUCGCGGUGGCCCUGCUCUCGACGCCGGCGCUCUCCGAUCUGGUGUUGACCAGGGUCGAUCGGCGCGUUGAUUUGACAUCUCACAUCGUGCGGAUUGUCUCGACACUGAAGGUCGAGAACACGGGAAAGGAUUCAGUAUCAGAGGUUCUGUUGGUCUUUCCUGAACGCCAGGCAAAAAACUUGGCAUACUUGAUGGCUGCAUCUAGCCCGGGGAAAGGGAAAGCAAAAGCUUCUGCUGUCAAUCUUCCUGUUGAAAAUUUCAACAGUGAAGGAUUGCCUCCGGCCUUGGUUGCCUAUUCAGUGUCAUUACCCGAGGGUGGACUAGGGAAGGGGGCGAGCUUGACUUUUGACGUGUCAGCUGUGUUUACUCAUUCACUACUGCCUUUUCCUGAAAAAAUUACUCAGGCUGAUACUCAGCUGCUUGUAUUUGAAGAAAGUGCGUACUUUCUCUCACCUUAUGCUGUCAAGGUCCAGUCUCUCACUGUUAAACUGCCUCAUCCAAGAGUUGAAUCUUACACGAAACUAGAAAACACUAAGGUUCAAGGUUCAGAGAUCAAAUAUGGUCCUUACGAGAAUCUUGCUCCCUUUUCAUACUCACCUAUAGUUGUUCAUUUUGAGAGCAACCAACCCUUUGUUGUUGCUCGAGAAUUGGUGCGAGAAAUAGAAGUUUCCCACUGGGGUAAUGUGCAGGUUACUGAAAACUAUAACCUUGUUCAUGGCGGUUCUCAAAUUAAGGGAGAAUUCUCUAGGCUUGAUUACCAGGCCAGACCACACAUUAGAGGCGCAUCAGCUUUCAAAAAUCUCGUGGCAAAAUUGCCUCCAAGAGCUCAUUCUGUCUAUUACAGGGAUGCAAUUGGCAACAUUUCAACUUCUCAUCUUUGGGGUGAUUCUAGAAAGACAGAGCUGGAAAUUGAACCUAGGUACCCGAUGUUUGGUGGUUGGAGAACUGCGUUCACAAUUGGUUAUGGCUUGCCUCUUCAGGAUUUUUUGUUUGAAUUAGAUGGAAAACGCUUCCUCAAUAUCACCUUUGGCUCUCCUAUAAAUGAAAUCAUUAUUGACACCCUCAUUGUGAAGGUUGUUUUGCCUGAAGGUUCUCGAGAUAUAUCUGUUUCUGCACCAUUUCCUGUUAAGCAAUGGCAAGAGACAAAAUUUUCCCACUUGGAUGUUAUUGGCAGACCAGUAAUAGCAUUGGAAAAGAGUAAAGUUGUGCCGGAGCUUGAUCAGUAUUUCCAGGUUUAUUACAAGUUUAACAGUAUUUCAAUGUUCAGGGAGCCAAUGAUGUUGAUUUCUGGAUUUUUUCUCCUUUUUGUUGCUUGCAUUGUAUACGUGCAUGCUGACUUGUCAAUCUCCAAGUCGUCUGCAUCAUAUUUGGCAAAGCUUCAAUGGGAAGAGGUCCAAUCUGUGAUUCAGCAAGUUGACAAUCUUGUUAACCGAUGCUUAAUGGUACAUGACAAGCUGGAUGCAUCUCUGCGUGAUCUUUCUAGGAUGGGUGAUGUUCAAGCUUGUAAGGCAGCACGCAAACAUGCAGAUGGUCUGUUGAAAGAGCUCUCUAAGGAAUUAAAGCCCUUGCUGUCAUUCUUGCAAAAUUCUCCCCAGGCUGCUCAGAUAUUGCCCAAGGUGGAAGAACUGGUGGUCAAGGAGAGAGAGUUGCAAGACAAGCUGAUGGUUAAGCACACAACCGUGGUAGACUGUUAUGAGAAGAAGCUUUCGGGACGUGAAAUUGAGAACCGGAUAGCUUCGCAGCAGAACAAGAUAACUGCACUGAGACAGGAGGUUGAUGAUCUUCUGGACUUCAUAGAUGAAUUAUGACAUCCCGGUCGCUACUAUUGUCCAUCACUCAUCAUUACGGCUUCUCUUCGACAUCCAUAGUAAGAAGGUGGGAGACUUACCUUUUUCUGUUCGCUUGGGCCUGAUUAGCAAUAUUUAAGAACGGUGGAGAAAUUUUGUUGUGAUCUAGGGAAUUUUAACUCAGAAAGUUUCUUUCCCUUACAAUGUCUUCUGUGUUCUUACGUCUUA